AUGGAUGAGAAAGAAUUCGGGAGAUUAGUUUGGGCUCCUGAUGCACAAGAAGGAUAUGUAUUGGGAACGCUGACUGAUAUAUCUACAACCCGUUUAACAAUCACAAGAAAGGAUGGAAAGAGUCCAACAACGAUAACUGCUCCUUAUGAAGAAGUUUUUCUAGCAGAAGAAGAUGUGAACAGAACUGUUGAUGACAACUGUGCAUUGAUGUACUUGAAUGAAGGAACGUUACUCAACAAUUGCCGAUUACGAUAUUUCAAAAGAGAAAUAUACAGUUAUGUAGCAAACAUAUUACUCUCAAUUAAUCCUUAUGAACUGAUUCCCAAGUUGUAUAGUAAUGAGACAAUCAAUGAUUAUCGCGGAAAAAGUAUCGGGCAGAGACCACCACAUGUCUACGCUAUCGCGGACAAAGCAUAUCGUGAUAUGAUACGGUUGAAGCAGUCACAGUCUAUAGUGGUGUCAGGAGAAAGUGGUGCCGGAAAAACUGAAUCACAAAAAGCAAUUUUAAAGUAUUUAUGCUCUAAUUGGGGAGAAGAAGCUGAUCUUAUUCGUCGUAAAAUUAAAGAAACUAAUCCCAUACUCGAAGCUUUUGGUAAUGCUAAGACAACUCGUAACAACAAUUCAAGUAGAUUUGGAAAAUUUGUUGAAAUUCACUUUAAUGGAAAAGGCCAAGUUGCAGGAGGAUAUGUAUCUCACUAUUUAUUAGAAAAGUCUCGUGUUUGCAAACAGUCUGAAGGCGAACGAUCAUAUCACAUAUUUUAUCAGUUAAUUUCGGGUCUUGAUGAUGUUUCCUAUAAGAAACUACAUCUCUCACCUGUUAAGGAUUUCCAUUAUUUGAAACAUGGUGUGAAGAACUUCUUCGCUGGUAGCGUUGGUGUUAAGAAUGAACGUUGUUCAGUCAAAGAAAUGCUAUCUGAUCCUAUUGUUGAUGAUCCCAGAGAUUUUUCAUCUCUUGAGAAAGCCUUCAAGACUAUUGGAUUAGACAAUCAGGAGAUUUUGAAUAUCUGGAGAAUCAUUGCUGGCAUCUUGCACUUGGGCAACAUAUCUUUCGUUAAUAGUGAUGACAGCAAAGGUGGAAGUAAUGUGGAUCCUGUAACCGAAAAUUCACUUUUAUACGCAUCUGAACUCUUGGGAGUAACUGAAAAAGAGUUCCGCUCAGGCUUGACCACUCGUAUUAUGCAACCUACUAGAGGUGGCGGAAAGCUUGGAACAAUCAUUCAAGUUCCACUGAAAGCUCAUGAGGCUGCAUCAGCCAGAGAUGCCUUAGCAAAAGAAUUGUAUAGCAAACUGUUCGACUAUCUUGUUUCACGAAUCAACGCAUGUAUUAAUGAAACGCCAGAUGGUUCUGUCAAGAAUAGCCAGUUCUACAUAGGUGUUUUGGAUAUCGCUGGUUUCGAAUUCUUCACUGUUAACUCCUUUGAACAGUUUUGUAUUAAUUUCUGUAACGAGAAACUUCAAAACUUCUUCAAUGAAAGGAUUCUGAAACAAGAACAAGAACUGUAUCAGAAAGAAGGCCUUGCUGUUCCAAAGAUUGAAUUCUUCGAUAAUGAAGAUUGCAUUGAUUUGUUUGAACGUAAAGCUUCCGGAUUGCUCGAUUUAAUGGAUGAAGAAGCACGUCUUCCCCGUCCAUCUCCUCAGCAUUACACUCAGCAGUGUUUGGCUCUAAACAAAAACCAUUUCCGUCUCGAGAACGCUCGCAAGUCACGUUUGCGUACUCAUCGCGAUAUGAGAGAAGAUGAAGGAUUUCUUAUUCGGCAUUAUGCCGGUUCAGUUUGCUAUCAAACUCAAGAAUUUUUGGAUAAGAAUAAUGAUCAACUACAUCACUCUUUACAGUUCCUUAUUGAGGAAAGCAGCUUCAAAUUCCUUUGUAAACUUUUUGAGUCCGAACCGAUACCGGUCGCAUCUCCACAGAAGGUAUCAAAGAAGUUGCAAAGUUUGAGUGUGUGCAGUAAGUUCCGAACACAGCUGAACGUUCUUGUAGAAAAACUACGAAAUACGGGAACACAUUUCAUUCGUUGUAUAAAACCAAACAGUAAUAUGCAUCCAAAGGAGUUUGAUGGAUUAGCUAUAUUGGGCCAAUUGCGAUGUGCUGGAAUGGGAUCUGUUCUCAAGUUAAUGCAAAAAGGAUAUCCUAAUAGAACCUCUUUCAAUGAUCUCUAUGAUACUUACAAAAAGAUACUCCCUCAAGAUCUUGCUCGUCUUCAUCCUCGCCUCUUCUGCAAGUGCUUAUUCCGAGCUCUUGGCAUGAAUGAGAGUGACUCUUGUUUUGGAUUGACUAAAGUGUUCUUCCGUGCAGGAAAGUUUGCCGAAUUCGAUCAGCUUAUGAAACAAGAUCCAGAAAGUAUGAAAGCUGCGAUUAAGAAAGUUCGUCUUUGGCUCAUCAGAAGUAGAUGGCGCAAAGCUCAAUAUGGAGCUUGGAUGGUCAUAAAGUUAAAAAAUAAAAUAGCCUAUAGAAAUGAACUUGUCACCCGUUUGCAAGCAAACGUUCGAGGAUAUAUUGCCAGGAAGGAGUUCAAACCGAGAAUAGAAUUGCAUCAAUCAUGCCGAUCUCUGACUCUAAGAGCUGAUCAGGCUUUCAUCAUAAUUAAAGAGCUUGACGCAUCAAAUGCUUCCAGAUAUUCAGAAGUUGUUAAGCGUAUGCUUCUUGAGAUAUCAGGCUUGACCAACCAAGUGAAGAGUACUCAAACAAACUUAUCAACCGCCAAAGCCAAGUAUGACAAAGUCUCGUCAAGCGUCGAUGCUCUUCUAGCAGAAUUAAAACGGGAAGCUAAUAAUGAAAGAGCUAAGCAGAGACUUCGAUUAGCAGAAAAGGAAAAAGAAAAGGAAGAAGCUCGUAUUGCUGAGCAACAAGAAAACGAAAAACGACAAGCUCAUGAACGCCAAACUCGUAAAGCUCUUGAAGAAGAAAGCCAGAGAAGCACCAAAGAAUGGCAAUCAAAUCGUCAGAUAACGGAUGAAAAGAGAAAUGCCCAAACACGUGAAGAUAGAUUAGAUUCGCAAAUAGCUGUACGGCUUGCUCGUGACGAUCAUCAAGCUAUUAUAGACAUUCCUCCUCCAGCUAUUGCAUAUCAAAAGCCUAGUGGGAAGUAUAACCUUUCGGAAUGGAAGGCUGCUGAGCUACGUGAUACCAUCAACACAUCAGUUGAUAUCGAAUUGGUAGUUGCUUGUAACGCAGAGUACACGCGGAGAACAAUCUUAUACAAUGAGUGGAAGGCUGCGCAUAGAAGAUAG